AUGGAGCCUGGUGGAAAAGGAUGCAACUCCUGGGCCUCAGUGCACUGGGACACACUGCUGAUACAGCAUGGAAGCCAGCCUCUGGCAGAGACCCUGCGCCCCAUGACCGACAGAGGGCAAACAGAGAGCUCCAGUGCAGGGCCCUCGGGGAUGUGGCAAGGGAUGCUGGGGGAGCCCUCUAGGUCCAUGCAGGGCUCUGGCUCUGACUGGCAAAAUGUCCUGUGCCAAGACAGAGAGAUGCAGGUUCUAGGGCUUGGUUGCCUGCAGACAGUCCUUAGAACCAGGAUCCGCUGUUUUUUCCCCUCCUACAGUUCCAGACCAGUUUGCACACAUGCCAUGUGUGUACGCAAACAGUUUGACAGGCACAAGGCCAGCAAAUUGAACGGUGAUGUAUUCCAUCAGUCUUGCUGCUUCUGCCAAGAGUUGUCUGCCUCCAGUUUUAAUCCCCCCCAGCAUAGCAUGAAUGCUCAUUUUCAUGACUGUUUGUUUGGUGCCCCAUUAACAUUUUUUUAA